AUGGCUAACAAUGACGCCGAGUCUUUUACUUCUUUCUUUCAAAGUUGGAUGAAUCGUCAAAAUGACUUUCGUGAGGAACUUCUCAAUACCAUUUCAUCAUAUGCGAGUGAUCGUCCUGAGUCAAUGACUCAGGAUGAAUUAACCAGUAGAGAUCAAAGAAUUACCGAUCUCCUCUCUAGGGUUCGUCUUCAUUACCUCGAAUACUUCGAAACCAAGGGUAGAUUAAUCGAAGCCGAUGUCUACACUAUCCUAUCUUCCACCUGGCUCACAUCCUAUGAACGUGUCACCCUAUGGGUAGGCGGUUUCAAGCCCGGACUAGUAUUUCGGGUUGUGCCUAGGGCGGAACUUGAGUUGACACCGGACCAAGAAACGAGAAUUGAGGCGGUUCUUGAGGAGAUAAUGGCGGAUGAGAUUUGGCUCACCGAAGAACACAGCCGGAUUCAACGGGAAGCUCCCUCGAUCGUGGCGCCUUAUGUUACGGAGGCGGCACAGAGUGGGAGAAUAGGGACCGAGGGGGAGAGGGUAAUGAAUUCGUUGAAAUCGGCUUUUGCGACACUGGUGGCAUGUGCUGAUCGGGUAAGGGUUAAGGCUACGACCAAGGUGAUUGCGAUUCUGAAUCCUAUUCAGACGGUUAAGUUUUAUGUGGCUAUGGCUACUCAUCAAGUUAGGAUGAGAGAACUAGGUUUGGGUAUGAUGGGUAUGGGUAUGGGUAGUGGCUGA